ACCACUUUAGCCAUGGUGCUUGCGUUCAUUGCUGUGCUAGUGAACUUUGACCGUCCUGUGUACAAGGGUUACGAAUACCCAGAAUACAUAGAUAUCGUCGGAAUCCUAAUCGGCCUUGUCUCCGUCCUACCGACUCCGGUCAUCGUCCUGAAGCGACUGGUCAAACAGCGCGGCUCCCUUACACAGAGGCUGAUGAACUCGAUAGUGCCACCAGGAGACUGGGGUCCCAAUGACGACCGUGUGCAUCAUACCUAUACAAUGUACAAGUACAACAUGUCAUUCUGGCAAAUGGCAAAGGUCAACAUAACAGGGAGACCUACAAAACCAGAGACUUGAUUCGACAUUUUAAGUAUAAAGUUAACUAUGUAGAAUAGAACAAUACCGCCUGUAUAAUGACUUCUUGAGAAUGUUAUC